UGGUGUUCAUCUAAAGUAAAUGGCAGAGAAAGAAGAUGCAAGAGGGAGCGAUGAAUCGCUGAAGCUAGCGGUGGCGAUAUCGCUUCUCAGAUCGAAGAUUCUGAAAAAUGCAAACGAGUCCAGUGCGCUGUCUCCUUCGCAAUCUAACGCUCUUCUCCGUUGGAAGCGAAAGGCUAAAGAAAGAAAGCAAGAAAUCCUGAGGCUCAGAGAAGAUCUCAAGGACGCUCAAGAUGCUUCGCACUGCGAUCUGUUCCCGGAGAGUGCAGCUUGCAAGUGCUAUUUCUUCGAUAAUUUCGGAGAAGGAAACUCUAAGCAUCACGGAACUGGUUGCGACAGUAGAUUCAGCGAUGUCCUUCGACGCAGAUUUCUAAGACAAGUGCGAUUCAAGGAAAGGAGAAGAAAAAUAGGUUCUCCUUCUUCAAGUCAGCAGCGGCUUUCUUUAGAUUUAAUUAAGGAGGAUGAAGCAGAACAGCUUAGGGCCUCUGUUGAUUUUCUCGUGGACCUGUGCAGCUCGCUAUCACCUGUGUAUGAUUCCAAGUUUGCAAAUCUAGCACAUCAAGCUGUAGAUUUUAUAUUAGUUACGUUGAAGAAUCUUUUAUCUACGGGAAGGAACCACGAACUUGUUGAAGGAAUUGUCAACAGCCUAGUUACACGUUUGAUUAGGCAGAUGUGCACGUCCUUGUUGGAAAAUGGGUCUCAAUACACCGGCACCAAUGCUCAAUUUUGUGUUCAGCAUUUGAUCCGCAAACUUGGGAGCGAGCCUUAUAUUGGUCAGCGGGCAAUUCUUUCAGUGUGUCAAAGACUUAUGGUGCUAGCAGAACGUUUGCUUUUCUGUGAUCCUUUUGACGAUGACUUUCCUGAAAUGCAUGAUUGUAUGUUCAUACUGAUCCAGCUUAUCGAGUUUUUGGUUGCGGAUUACUUAUUAGAGUGGUCAAAAGCUGAAGAUUUUGACAACGUGCUUCUUGAAGAUUGGGUGACAUCAAUUGUGCAGGCAAGAAAAGCAUUAGAACUUCUAGAAAGCAGAAAUGGACUAUAUGCGCUCUAUAUGGAUCGAGUCGCAGGUGAAUUGGCGAAACAACUUGGUGGUGUCUCAUCGUUUCUGAAGCUUAAACCGGAUAUUAUUAAUUGCCUUUUUCGCUAAGCAUGAUCGGAUAUUGGAAAAAAAAUGUUAUGGAUGAGAAUGAAAAAGCGAAUAUGAUGCUGGUAAUUGAAAUUGUGUAAGCGAGAACCUGCUCACGAGCGCUGCUGAAAUGUCCUGCUCGAGUACAUGUCACAGGAGAUGACAGCUGAACUCAUCACAGUAAAUACAGAAUCCACUGUGCUUCACAAGUGACUUGAGCAAGCCACUUUUGCUUUUCCGUAAGAAAAUAGAUGACCCCAAGAAAAAGAAAAUAACUAGUAUACCUGCAAGUGCAACACUAAAUCCUUGAAGUUGAGGAGCUG